AUGCCGAUUUCAGUUAGUAUUGAUAAGCCUAAAUCUCAACAUCAUGAAUUACUAGCCUCUUUCUUUAAGCUCGUUCUCGGAAACAAUCUCAAAUACAGUUUUUGUUAUUUCUCUCCUGCCCCGAAGAUAUUGGAAGAUGCUGAAGAAGAAAAGUUGAAACUAUAUUGCGAGAGACCAAAUCUGAAAGAUGGUCAUACCGUCCCUGAUGUUGGAUGCGGUUGGUCUUCAAUCUUCAUCUUUCUAGAUUCAUCUUAUGGAAAUUGCAUAUCUUUGCGAAUCGUGUUAGAAUCUACAAGCUACGCAUCAUCUUCAUCACAUCGACACCGCUGA